AUGGCGCUUCGGAGGAGCAGUCGCUUCUUGCAAAUUGACACCAAGGACAACCGUCCUCAAUCCCCGGCCACCAAUGACAACAAUCCUCCAUCCCCGGCUCCAGCAGCCUUAAUUUCCCCUGAUGAGCAAGCAGCAAGCCCGAGCCAAUUUGCAAGCAUAAAGGAUCAAUUCUUGUCAGUGCUACGAGACAGCACCGCCUCUCGCAAAGCAAGAAAUACUCCGCUUUUUCAGUUUGUCUUCCAGGGAAACAAAUCGUUUGACAAAGGUUGGCUUCGGCGAGGACUUGUUGAUGAUGACUCUGCAUCUCGGUUGUCCAUACGUCCUCAUGAGAACAAUAUUCUUUUGUUUAUCUUCUUCGGACUGUCCGGAACUGGACCUGAUACUGAUGGCAAGGAGGGAGAAACAUCUCCAAUGACAAUGCUUGGCAAAGCUUGGGGGUUUUCGAAGCCAAGUAUCCGAAGAGCAUGUGGUCUGUCCUUAGACAACAACUUUAUUCAAUCACUCAUGGAGAAAGGUCAGGAUGAUGAAUUACGAAAGAGAAACAAAGAGAGCACCCCGCAAGCAAAAGAGUUAAUCUCGGAGGCAGAUGGGUUUCUUUCGCCUAGUGAUCCAUCUCCAGCCCAAGCAUUCAAACGACGAGAUCUGAAGACAACUCCAACACUCGUAGAAGAGUUACAAAACUUGGCAUUGGGGUCGCCAAAGACGCCCAUGAGGUUCUUCGGUCAAAAAGAUAUUGAUGAUGUAAAUGCUGGACAGCAACGGAGGACUCGACUUGAUUUUGGAUUUGACGCCAGAUCGCCUUUGCUCGAGGAAACAGAUGAGCUAUCUGAUGAGACAAGAUGUUUUUCGGAGGUAGCUACUCAAACAGAUGGUGAUGGUUUGGAGGUAGCUACUCAAACAGAUGGUGAUGGAGGUGGUUGGCAGACAAAGGAUGUAGCAACCCAAACAGAAAUGAGAUCAAGACUACAUUCGGAGAUCAAGUCCCAAUCGAUCAGCCGUGACUGUGAAGAAGAAAUUUGCAGAGCACUAUUCCUCCUCUUUCAGAACAAAGUAGUGCCAAUACCUCGAACAUCAAUAACAGAUGAGAAUGAAAUCCUUACGGUUCGACAAUUUCGAAGCGCUUCAACAAUGAAGAUCCUGCGUAUCAAAGAGAGUCGACAAACGAAGGGUGAUGGCCGUGGUCGAAAAAUCAGGCGCAAAGCACAACUUGUCGAAACUUUGCUUGCCAAUCUUGAUCUAUCCGAAAGCGAACUUCUGUCGGUCAUGAAAAUCGUUGGACUGAACCAUUUGAUGAAAGUGUUUCCUUCGAGCAACCUUCAAUUGAGUAUCGAGCAAUGUGCUGCUCUGAUGCAAUAUCUUCCUGUUACCGCUCGAGGAAUGGAGAGGCUUUCAAAGUUCUUCAAAGCCACGCUACCAGACAUAGGAGACCAACUUUUUCCGGGUAUGCUGAGGAAGAAGGUUGCAAGCUACGCGAUGGAAUCAUUCAAUCUACGGCUUGGCUUUGAGUUGGUUUCCCUUGAGAUCGGAGGCGAGAAGCGUAAUAGUCGAUGCUUGCAUGUCUGGAUAAAGGAGCCAGCUCUGGUCGUGGAAUCGCUGACUGAGAGCGCUCUCAUUGCUGGAAAAUUCGAUGACUCGUCAUCUUUCAGCAAACACCAAAAUGAGCUCGUUGUGGUUCAAGGUUCUGAUCGUGGAGGUGACAUUACGCUUUGCUUGGUUCGAAUAGCCAACCGUAGCGGUGGUAACGCCCCACAGUACUGUAUUCCCUUGGCAUUCUAUGAAUAUGGCAAAGAAAGCUACAACAACAUGCACAAGACCUUGUUUCAUUCCAGCAAACCCACUAAGCAAUUUCUGCAGAUGCUUCUUGAUGGCCGCUUUCAAAUGAUUGUUGUUGCAGUUGAAGAGGGCGAUUCCGUUGUUGACGCAAAGUGUCGAGUUAUAGAAUGUGAAACGGCUCUCAACAUCGAUCGACACAAUGAUAUCAACACACUUCGGCUGGAGCCUCCUGCAUCGGACCUGCCGACCCUUGUUUCGAUACUCAAUGAUCAUGAAACAACUCAGCCUUCUGCCAACCAAAGCCACCCCAAGCAACGCAUACAACUAGUGAGAAAGGAGAAUGAGCAGACCGAAUAUGAAGGUUUUGUUCUUACCAACAGUUUUGGCCGCGAUAUUUAUCAUGCGAGGUUUCAUGAGUCACUGCACUGUACCGCAACCAGCUCGAUCCGGAUCAAAACUCUUCGACUUCGUGGUGUAUCGGCUGAUGAUAUCAAAUGCAAUACGUCGGUAAUGGGGCAGGGAACUGCAGGUGUGAUGUGCCCUUGUACAAUGUGCAUCUGUACCAAGAAGGACUUCAGCAAGUAUUUAACUCUUCCGUCAAAUGAACAGCCAGCGCUUCGGCAAGGCGGCAAUUCAAAUCCAACAUUGUAUGAUUCAUUUAUUGCCGAGGCAGGAGGAAGAGCCGAUUGGGUAAGAGCAACAUCGACCGGUCAGGCAAGGAAGCUCAAGCUCAAAUAUCACAGCGUGGUACACCAACCACUACUGAACACUCCACCAGACCGCAACUCUGGUUCGGGCAUGCACGUCUCCAGUGGACUCCUAACGCAUUGCACAAUGAGGAUGCUGGAUGUUUUGGGGAGAAUUGAUCGAGGGCUGCCUUGGCUGGAGAAGCUGUCGACUCUUCUUAAUCGAGCAAAGGAGUUCUGUAUGCAAUCGGUGAAACAGGCCGAAAAGCUUCGGAAGCAAGAUACAAAGCUUCAAAGAGAUGCCGAAACAGCAAGAAAACUUGCUUUAACGGAUCAGAUCGAAGCUAUCAAAGCUGAUCGCCAUCGUGUUGCUGUUGAACUAACACUGAUGACCAAAGGAGUUGAAUCGGCCAAGCUGUUCCUCGAAAAGGGAAACGAUUUUCUGGAUGGUGUUGCCAAGAAAACAAAGAGCCGAAUUGUCGGUCCUGCAACGUAUUGCUUUCGAAAAUCGUAUGAGGUCGACGGAAGAGUAUCAUUUCGAGUGGAAAAUAGUGGCUUCGAGCUUUCGAAUGGAGAUGGGAUACGUGUUCUAGAAAGGAGAGAGCUCAUUUCAAAGAGAAUGAAACAUCUUUUCAGGAACAAUCCGGAGCUCCAAACUCAGGUGGAAAAGGCAAUGAAAUCAUUUCGCCGUCUGGCAGAGCUGCUGUAUCACAUCUCUACAAUGAUGAAGUCCCAACGAAAGUGGUCGACUGAAGAGGCGACUAGAUUUGAUUCUCUUACCCUACAAUACGCUCAGCUUUGGAUGGAAUUUAAGAGUGAUGACAACUCAAAUGGAGAGGACAUGAACGUGUUUAAUAAGCUGCACGUUCUACGGUCGCACUUAUCCGCCUUUGCAGCUGACAACUUGAUGCUUGGACGUUGUUCAGAAGAAGGAUUCGAAUCAGCGCAUAAAAGGAUUGAAUCGAUCCGAAAACCUCUGGUUUGCAUGACGAGCACAGAGGCAAGAGCUAACACAAUCUUUCGACGAAUCAUGCUACAGUGUCGCCCGGAAGUGGAAGCAAUCCGUCUAUCCAUUGAGGAACGCUUCGAAGGUAAGAAGAGAGCACCAUACAAGAAAACUAUUAAGGGAUUGAAGUCGACAGAUGAGGCGCCUGUGUCAUCCAAUCGAACGUCCAACACCCUUCCCGAUGGAUUUAUCCACUCAAUCAAUGGAUACAUCAUCAAAACUGAAUGGAAAGACCACUUUGAAUACGUCUGUUUCAGCAAAGUGCCAGUGUCAUGGUCAGAACCAUUCGUUACGGACGAAAGUCUUGGUGGUGUCUAUCGAGCCAACGCAGAGUAUGUCUAA